AUGACAGCAGCUGAUAAUUUGGACUUAUUAUUAUCAACAACAAUGGCUAACAACGGUAACAAAAACUUUGAAACAUUUUUGUUAAUAUGGCUUGAUAAAGAUGUGAAUGCUAAUGAAGAUAACCAGAAAACACAACAGAAACUGAGAAAAUCAAUUAAUUUUAUUAAAACAUUUGAUGAUGUUAAAGAAUGUGAACAAUGGAUUAGACGAAAGAUACAGCAAAGUGCAGAAGAGAAAAUCAUAUUAAUUGUUUCUGGCAGUUAUGGAUAUGAGAUUGUGUCACGCAUUUUUGAAUUACCACAAUUGAUUGCGAUCUAUAUUUACUGUCCAAUCGAAAUGAUAAAUAAACAAUGGUUAGAAAAGUAUAAAGAAAAAGUUUGUGCAGUCAUUACAAAAUCUGAUGAAUUAGUAACAAAACUAUCACAUGAUCAAAAUGAACGUGAAAUGUUAGAAGCAACCAGUAACAGUUCUAUGUCCAUGUUUAUAAGUAGUGUUGCUGCCGCUGCUUCUUCUUAUUCUUCAUAUAAUGACAGCAAACAAAACUCAUCCACUGAAUUAAAUGGUGACUUCUUAUGGUCGCAAAUAUGCAUCGAAGUACUCUUAAGAAUGAAACGUAGAGAUAAUGAUCGUGAGGAAUUAAUUAAUUUAUGCAAACAAAUAUAUGAUGGAAAUAAAUCGGAGUUACGAAAUGUUGAAGAAUUUCAACAUACUUACACUCCAGAGACAGCCGUUUGGUGGUAUACAAAACAGAGUUUUCUCUACAAACUGUUAAACAAAGCUCUCAGAGCGCAGGACAUUGACAUGUUGGUUGCAUUUCGAUUUUUUAUUGGUGACUUGUAUCAACAGUUAAAAGAAUUAUAUUCGUCGACUAGCCAUCUUCAAUCGAUUACACGUGUCUAUCGGGGUCAAGCUUUACCAACCGAUGAGUUUGAUGGAAUAAAAUCAAUCAUUGGUCAACAUUUAUCAUUAAAUAGUUUCCUUUCAACAUCAUUAGAUCGAGAAGUGGCACUUGGAUUUAUUCCAUCGAUUCCUGCUGCAAAUAAACAAAAGAUACUUUUUGAAAUUGAUAUUGAUUCCUCAGUUAAAAAUGUGAAACCAUAUGCAAAUAUUUCUUCGUAUAGUUAUUUCCAAACAGAAGCCGAAGUUCUUUUUAUGUUAGGAUCUAUCUUCAAAAUACAAAGUGUUAAGAAACAAGAUGAUGUAUCAAUCAUUAACCUUCGAUUAGAAAGUGAAUAUGACGCCGAGUUAAAGCUGUUGUCGGAUUAUAUGAAGCAAAACUUAGAUGAAACACCAAGUCUUGUUACAUUGGGCGAUCUGUUGUUACGAAUGGCCGAAUAUGACAAAGCAUUAAGAUGUUACGAACGAGUAUUAAAGGAAUUGAAUGAUCAAGAUAAAAAUACCGUACAAGCUGCACGGUGUUUUACAGGUAACGGCAUUGGUAGAGCGGCUAAUUUCGUAAAAAAAUACGAUCUAUCAAUUAAGUAUCAUAAAAAAGCAUUGAUGAUUGAUUUGUCAGUGCCCAAUAAUGAUUAUAACGUAGCUGGAACUUAUAACAAUUUGGCGAAUGCGUACAAGGAUCGACGUGAUCAUGAGACAGCAUUGAAAUAUUUUUAUAAAUCACUAGAAAUUAAUAAAAAAAUUAAUGGCGACGAUUCUCUGGAAGCUGCACGAUUAUAUUUCAAUAUUGGUAACACAUAUCGAUACCAACAAAAGUAUGAUGAUGCUCUGUUGAAUUUACAACGAGCAUUAGAAAUUCGUCAAAAAUAUUUGCCACGUCAUCAUAAUGAAAUAGCGACAGCAUUGACACAUAUUGGUCGAGUAUAUUAUAAAAAACAGAAUUAUAAAAUUGCGUUGGACUACUUGUUAAAAGCAGAUAAAAUCUAUCAUCAUUCACUGCCUUCAACACAUCCUGAUGUAGGUGGAAAUUAUUAUCUUAUCCAAGAAAUCCGCAGUUUAAUAUCACAAUAA